CCGGUGAGUGUAUUUUAUUUCUCCCCCCACAACGAACACUGAAAUUUCACGCUGGUUUACUUGUCGAAAUUAACGAUUUCCCUUUUCAUUUUGCAAUCCCUCUAAAGUAAAAGGGGCUGCAGUCAAGAAACAUGUCGCACACUAUUUUGCUUGUCCAGCCCACAAAGAGACCAGAGGGCCGCACAUAUGCUGACUACGAGUCAGUGAACGAAUGCAUGGAAGGAGUUUGCAAGAUGUAUGAAGAGCAUCUAAAGCGGAUGAAUCCAAACAGUCCCUCCAUUACGUAUGACAUUAGUCAGUUGUUUGAUUUCAUUGAUGACCUGGCAGAUCUGAGCUGUCUUGUGUACAGAGCUGACACGCAGACAUACCAACCAUACAACAAAGACUGGAUUAAAGAGAAGAUAUAUGUCCUGCUGCGACGUCAGGCUCAACAGGCAGCAAAAUAAAGGUUUCUUUAAUGUGUGUGGAUCUGACAAGUCAAAUGGAGAGGGGUUUUUGUAUUGUAAUAUUAAAAAAAGAAAAGAAAAAGAAAGUAGUAGGUUUGAAAAAUAGAGUAGAAAUAAGAAGCUAUGUUCCCCAGUUUGAACUGGAUCUUCCUUGUCGACUUUCUAAGACCCAUUCUAAUAAAUUGGUAGGAUAAGACUGAUGAUCACCACUAACCAUCAAUAAUAAAAGCAUAGAAAAUGCUAAAAAUUUGGUUAAAAAGAGUUUCCUUUGUAAACGUUCUACAGGCCUUAAAUGCGUCUGAUUUACUUUAGAAGAAUGGACACUUUUGCUUUAUUUAUGUCAUACAGGACAGAAGAAUUUGUUUUCAUUAUUACCAUUAAACCCUGAACAGUGUUGUAAAAUGGUGUUUUGUAAACCCCUUUGUUUUACUUGCCACGCAACUUUUUCCAUAUUGCUUUUGAUUUUUACAAAAUAAACUGUUUUCUGACUUCUCAA